GCUCCCACCCCUGCUCUGUAACGUAGCGCUCAGCUGCUCCUCUAUGGUAUUUCCCACAAUAACAUCCCAGGUCGACACACUGACUCUGUCAUUUUGUCUCUGACCCCUCCACUCCUCUCUCUCUCUCUCUCUCACUCUCUCUUUCUCUCUCUUUCUCCCUCUUUCUGCCCCCAGUCACCCGGACCCUGAGGACGAACACCUUCUGGUUUCAGUUGUAUUUCUCAUCAUCAGAACUGAUCAGACAUGAUGAAGAUGUUAAUGGAGCUGAUGGUGCUGGUGGGACUCAUUGGUUUGAGUCACGGUGCCAUUCAGAGACCUGACUAUGAUGACACACCCAAUCCGGAGUUCCUCAACCCGUCCUGGAUGGCCAGCCUCCCUGAUGAUCAGCUGCUGUCUGAGGUCACCAUGCCUGGGACCCACAACACCAUGGCCCUGUACGGCGGUGUGUAUGCUGAGUGCCAGACCUGGAACCUGGCCUCCCAGCUCAGAGCCGGCAUCCGCUUCCUGGACAUCCGUGUCCGUCACGUCAAAGGGAACCUCACCAUCCAUCACGGGGUGGCUUAUCAACGGGCACACUUUGGCCACGUGCUGGAGGGUGUGGUUGACUUCCUUCAAGAGUACCCCAAUGAGACAGUGCUUAUGCGUCUAAGGGAGGAGUUCAGCGAGACGUAUGACAUCUACGGUGCUGUGGUAGACUACAUUGAUCGCUAUGCUCACUGGGACAUGCUGUGGCACAGCCGGCUCGUGCCAACCAUGGCAGAGGCCCGAGGGAAACUCAUCGUCCUGCAGGAGUUUUCUGGGCCAGACCUGGGGAUGCGCUAUGGUUCCCUGGACAAAGCCGAUCACUGGAAGGUACCCACACUUCUGCACCUGGAGGAGAAAUGGCAGAGCGUCUACGAGCACCUGGAGGCCGCACCUACAGGAAACAUGGCCCAAAUUUUCCUCACCUACAGCAGUGGAGCUGGUUUGUUUGCGUACCCCAGAGCAGUCGCUCAGCGCAUCAAUGCACAGCUGUAUAACUACCUGAGGUCCAAGACGGACCUGAACCAGCGCCUUGGAAUCGUUUGCAUGGACUUCCCCGCUGCUCCUAUUAUUCAAAUGAUCAUUGACUUCCAGCUAAAAAAGGUCAUCAAGAGUCAGUCCUUUAACCUGGUGCCUACUAAGGCAAGUUUGAAAAAUGCAAUUUCUUCACUGGGAAAGAAGAUGAUCAAACAUUAGGGAGAGAACAGUAAACUGGUCAGUGACAGUACAAUCAAUGAGAAAUAGUAUUUUAUAAUAGCACUUGUAUUCAAAUUCAGUAGUGAAGGGUAACCUUACAACUUUACUAAUCAAUAGUAAUGAUUGAACAUGAUUUAAAUUAUGCAUUGGAUGAAACUUUUCAUUGUGUCACGAACAAAAUACUGUGAACAAAAUAAAAUGUCACAUAAAAAUAAAAUCAGAUGGCAACAUGUGAAAAUAAACUAACAUGGAAACUG